AUGAUAACUGCAAUUCUAAGAAGCUUUUUGUACGUUGUAACACUUCAUUUAGGAGUUGCGAAUGCUAAAAAGUUUGGUGGUUCGAAUGAACAAAAACCAUUUUAUUCCUUAGCGGAGGAAUACUAUAAUUACGACGAUGAUGAUGCAUAUAUACCCAAAGUCCAAACGUUGUAUUCAGGAAUUACUACUUUUGGACAUCUGCCUUCUCCAAAUUGCUUGGCUAGUCGUGGCAUUGAUUAUGACAUUGCAUUCGUAGGCGCACCUUUUGACAUGGGGACUAGCUAUCGACCUGGAGCUCGCUUUGGACCCAGCGGUAUCCGGGAAGGAUCACGCCGUCUCGGUCCUGCACUGUACAAUGUCCCGCUAGACGUGUAUCCCUUUCAAUCAUGGGCAAAAGUUGUAGACUGUGGAGAUGUGCCCAUGACGAACUAUCAUAUCCCGAAUGCCAUGGAUGAAUUGGAAGAAGGCUAUUAUCACUUGCUUGCUAGGAAGCCCACCUCCUUUACGGAUCAUGAAGGUUACGCCGGAAAUGGGACUGUGCUGCCACGUCUUUUAACCAUGGGUGGAGACCACACCAUCGUACUUCCCAUCCUUCGAGCUUUAAGUCGCGUUUACGACAGGCCUAUUUCGGUCAUUCACUUUGAUAGCCAUUUGGAUACAUGGAAACCAGGUGUACUUGGAGACGGUAUCGAUAACGAUGGCCUCAAUCACGGAACAUACUUCUACUGGGCUAGUAAGGAAGGUGUACUGAGCAAGGAUGCAAACAUUCAUGCCGGAAUCCGUAGUCCCCUUUCUGGCUUGAAGGACUAUGAGGAUGAUGCGAGCUGUGGAUUCCAAGUCAUUGAGGCUCGUGAAAUUGACAAAAUUGGUGUAGAGGGUAUCGUAAAGAAAAUCCGCGAUCGCGUUCAAGAUAAUUUGGUGUAUCUGUCAAUUGACAUUGAUACAUUAGAUCCUGCUUAUGCUCCUGCCACAGGAACACCGGAAAUUGCUGGAUGGUCUUCUCGUGAGUUCACGGAAAUCAUUCGUGGAUUGGAUGGGCUAAACUUCGUUGGCGCUGAUAUCGUAGAAGUUUCUCCUUCCUACGAUGUUGCCGAUUUGACUACGAUGACUGCUGCGAAUAUCUUUUACGAUAUUGUUGGCCUGUUUGUAAAGACUCCUCUUGUUCAAUCCGCGGAAAACCUUUACUAA